UAACUUGUAUCUCACACACACUCAUUCUUCUACUUCUCAUCUCUCUCUUUCUCUCUCCUCCAAUCUCACACAUGAUCCCUACUUCGACACGUCCCCUUUUUUUCCCUUAAACUAAAACAUAACUCCAUUUUUUUUUUCACUCACAACUUCAAAACAGAUAAAUCUGUACUUAUUGAGUGUGAGAUUUGAGAGAAUUUUCUGCAAAUUCUCUACCUUUUUUGUAAUCUGUAACUACCCAUUAUUCAUUUUUUUGGAUAGGAUCAUUUGUUGAGAUACAGUUACAAUUUGAGGAUAAGGGUUUUACAGGAUUUGUGGUUUAGUGGAGGAUUUUGCUGGGUAUUGAUAGCUUAGUUUUUGUUAAGCAGAGGUUCUGAUGUUGAAGUUGAUGAAUGUGUUUGGAAGUUGAUGAAUGUGUUUGGAAUUUCAGCUUCUGGGUUUGCCUCAAUUUCAGUUUCUGAGUGAUGGGUUGUGUUUAUUCAAGAUCUUGUAUUGGUCAGGUUUGUAUUCCGAAAGAUGCCCGUGUUAAGCAGGUCGAAAAUGUGAGGGGUUCAGAGAUUGGUGUCUUCUCUCCUGCUCAUGCUGAAGGGCAGGAUGAUCAAGUUCAAGAUUUGAACCAAUUGAGCUUUGGUAGGGACACUGAAGCUGGUAUAAAGAGGCUUUCUAGAGUAUCUGCUCAGUUUAUACCGCCUGAUGGAGGGAAGACCGUUAGGGUUCCAUCGGAAAAUUAUGAGAUGAGAUACUCGUUUUUAUCACAAAGGGGUUAUUAUCCUGAUGCACUUGAUAAGGCUAACCAGGAUAGCUUCUGCAUUCAUACACCUUUUGGCACGGACGCAAAUGAUCAUUUCUUUGGAGUGUUUGAUGGGCAUGGAGAAUUCGGGGCUGAAUGCUCGCAGUUUGUGAAGCGCAAGUUGUGUGAAAAUUUGUUGAGGAGUAGUCGAUUCCAUGUUGAUCCCGUUGAAGCAUGUCAUGCUGCUUUUUUAACAACCAAUUCUCAGUUGCAUGCUGAUAGUUUAGAUGAUAGCAUGAGUGGUACCACGGCUAUUACAGUAUUGGUUAGGGGUAGGACGAUAUAUGUUGCCAAUACAGGUGACUCGAGAGCUGUUAUAGCCCAGAAGAAAGGGAAAGAUUUAGUGGCUGUUGAUCUUUCGAUUGAUCAAACUCCAUUCCGUACUGACGAGCUUGAGCGAGUUAAGCUUUGUGGAGCAAGAGUUCUUACUCUUGAUCAAAUUGAAGGGUUGAAGAAUCCAGAUGUACAGUGUUGGGGCACUGAAGAGGAUGAUGACGGCGAUCCUCCCAGGUUAUGGGUGCAGAAUGGAAUGUAUCCUGGUACUGCUUUUACUAGAAGUCUUGGUGAUUCACUUGCUGAAACAAUUGGAGUGGUUGCAAACCCAGAGAUAGUUGUCUUGGAGCUCACACCAGAAUAUCCCUUUUUUGUUGUUGCUAGUGAUGGUGUGUUCGAGUUUCUUUCAAGCCAAACUGUGGUUGAUAUGGUAGCACUACACAAAGAUCCUCGUGAUGCUUGUGCAGCUAUUGUUGCUGAAUCAUACCGUCUUUGGUUGCAAUAUGAAACUCGUACAGAUGAUAUUACUAUAAUAGUUGUUCAUGUGAAUGGGCUAAAUGAUGUUACGGGUGCUGGUGCUAGUCCUGGUCCCACUAUGACACCCUCUGCUCCUCAAGUUGUGGAGCUGAAUGGAUCAGAGUCCCCUGCCACUAUGAGCUUUAAUUCUAGAAACCAUCGUGUAAGGCAUGAUGUAUCACGAACCCGUCUUCGUGCCAUUGAGAGUUCCUUGGAGGGUGGAAAUGCUUGGGUGCCUCCAUCGCCUGCCCACAGGAAAACCUGGGAAGAAGAGGCACAUAUUGAGCGAGCUUUACAUGAUCAUUUCCUCUUCAGAAAGCUUACUGAUUCUCAGUGCCAGGUCCUGUUGGAUUGCAUGCAGCGAGUUGAGGUUCAGGCCGGGGACAUUGUUGUCCAACAGGGUGGUGAAGGUGAUUGCUUUUUUGUUGUUGGGAGUGGAGAGUUUGAAGUUUUUGCCACACAGGAGGAGAAAAACGGUGAGGUACCGAGAGUUUUGCACCGCUAUACAGCUGAAAAGUUAUCUUGCUUUGGAGAGCUGGCGUUAAUGAAUAAUAAACCACUUCAAGCCUCUGUACGGUGUGUGACUAAUGGAACUCUGUGGACCCUGAAAAGAGAAGAUUUUCGAGGGAUUCUAAUGUCAGAGUUUUCAAACUUGUCAUCCCUAAAACUUCUAAGAUCGGUAGAUCUUCUUUCAAGAUUAACAAUUCUGCAGCUUAGUCAGAUAGCAAAUUCUCUGACAGAAAUUUCAUUUUCUGAUGGUCAGUCAAUAGUUGAACAGCAUGAGUGUGUAUCUGCAUUGUAUAUAAUCCAGAAAGGGAGAGUAAGGAUAGAAUUUGAUGUUGAUGUUUUGGAGAGUCCAAAUGUUGGCAGCCUGAAUUGUGAUUUUCUAGUCCAGAAUGAUGUGAAACAGAGUAACAGAAGACUAUUGGUAGAGAAACCUGAGGGAAGUUAUUUUGGGGAAUGGGCACUACUCGAUGACCAAAUUAGUCCAUUGGCUGUAUCUGCUGUUGGCGAUGUUAUAUGUUCUGCUUUAACAAAGGAGCAGUUCGAUUUAGUUGCUGGUCCGCUGGCAAAAAUUUCACUGGACGAGCAAAAGCUGAAGGAGUUUCCUGUGGUCUUAGACAAGGAACAUGAAAGAAGGGAUCGGCCUUUGGUUCCAAACAGAGUUCAACUCUCUGAUUUGGAGUGGAGAAGGUGCUUGUAUUCAACUGACUGCAGUGAGAUUGGACUUGUACUUCUGAAAGGUUCAGACAAAAAAUUGAUUUCCUGUGCAGAAAAUUUCCUCAGCUUGAAGAGGUUUCGGAAGCAGAAGGUUAAAAGCCUUGGAAAGGAAGAUCAGGUUUUAAAAGAGAAGAACCUCAUGAAAAGUUUGAGAGAUUCAGUAUGUGUGCCUCAAAUUAUAUGCACUUGUGCUGAUGAAACACAUGCUGGAAUUCUAUUGGAUACAUGCCUGGCAUGCCCAUUUGCUUCAAUCCUGAAUAAACCACUUGAUGAAUCAUCAGCAAGGUUCUGCGCUGCGUCUGUUGUGAUUGCAUUAGAAGAGCUCCACAAGAAGAAUAUUCUGUACCGAGGUGUAUCUCCAGAAGUUCUGAUGUGUGAUCAAGCAGGACGCCUACAGUUUGUAGACUUCAGAUUUGCGGAGCAGUUAUCUGGUGAGAGAACAUACACAAUCUGUGGAAUGGCAGAUUCUUUAUCUCCAGAGAUAGUACUAGGAAAUGGCCAUGGUUUUUCUGCUGACUGGUGGGGUCUGGGAGUUUUGAUCUAUUUUAUGCUGCAAGGGGACAUGCCUUUUGGAUCGUGGAGAGAGAACGAACUUGAUACAUUGGCGAGGAUCGCAAAAGGGAAUUUUAAUCUUUCUCAGUCUUGCAGUCCUGAAGCCGUUGAUCUCAUAACCAAGUUGCUUGACGUUGAUGAAACUAAGAGACUUGGAAGUGAUGGACCUGAUUCCGUCAAAAAUCAUCAAUGGUUUUCGGGAUUCGAUUGGAUUGGUCUUGCGGAUCAUAACAUAUCCAUACCUCAUGAAAUCGUAUCUCGUAUAAAUCACCAUUUAGAGAGCUUCCUCGGUGACAGUUCCCCAACACCAUCUUCUCCCCUUCGGAACGUUGAAGAACUGAACAUGCCGGAGUGGCUUGAAGACUGGUAAUGUAUUUGGUUGAGAUGAUUAUAUAGUAAAAUUGUUGGGGAAAGCAGCAAUGAUUUAGAGGUCCAAAAAUCUCAUCAUCUCUUUUCCCCUCUUUUUUUUGUGGAAUAUAAGAGGAAUGAUAAUGCUGAAAAUAUCCUCUUUUUUUUGGGUUAGUGCCUGUAUAUAAGGUAUAGCUUGUAAAGAAGCUGAGUCUUCUCCUUCUCCUUCUCCUGUAUGAUGUAUCCCUUCAGAGGUGAAUUUUGCCUCCCACCUUAUAUUCUAAAGGUGGAUGGUAGUUAGAUUUACUCGAAUUUAUCCUUCAUGUUUACAAUCUCAUUGAAAAUAGAAGAUGUAUAUGUUUCUACCAAUUAAUGCUGUUGAUACUGGUUCAUUAUUCAGACAAAUACAAUGUUGAAUUUCUUCGCUUUUGUA